AUGUCAGAAGAACGUGACAAUACGAAACCGGAAGGCAAUGACAGGCACUGUAAAAGGUGCGACCGUGCCGAUGCGGAUGACGAUAUGGUGUGUUGCGAUAUGUGCGAGUCGUGGAUCCAUUUCCAGUGCGCCGGUGUCAGCGAAUCCAUUGCUGAACCGGAUAGAAGCUUUAAGUGUAGCAAUUGUCUGGCAGACUGGGAUGGUGCGUCGAAGUCGGGUGUGUCAUUCAACGAGUCGUCCGUCAGCAAGAGCAGUCGAGCGUCGCAGAGGUUGCAUCUCAGUUUACAACUUCUAGAAGAGCAACGGAAGCUGAAAAAGAUGCGUGCGGAAGAAGAAAUUAAAACCAGGAAAAUGGAAGAAGCAGCCAAAUUGAAGGAAAUCGAAGAGGAACAGGAAUACUUGAAGCAGAGAUACGAUUUGCUGUUGCAAAUCGGCGAUGAAAAUGAUUCGGCAAGUAGGAAAGGCGGAGUCAGUGUCAAAAAGAAGCGCGAACAGAUGGAGAACUGGCUUAAUAAGGGAGCACAAGUGGACGAGGCUGGUAAGUUGAAACCAACAGCGUCUGAACAGAAAGCUACCCUGUCAGUGCCGGCUGUUAGCAAACAGGAUCGCGUAGUAGUAGUACCAACAACAACAAUCUCUGUUUCGAACAAGCUUGCUUCCUUGAAUUCGGAUAAGCUUCAUUCUGAUCCGACUAUUCCAGUUCCUGGUGGGAGUGUCAGUGCUUUGACUAAAUCUUUCGAGUCGUUGGUCGUAUCGAUGCUAGAAAAAGCGACCUCUACAGUUCCAGGAAUAACAGGGGAUGCAGUAGGUGGAAGUGUAGUCACGUCGGACUUCCACGCGCCGACGAGUGCUGCAUCGACAAUCGGGCCCAUGUUGACAGUUCCUAAAGUGACUCUUGCAGGAGUUCGAAAUUCUCUGGUUUGUCCUGGUACAGCACCGGUUUACUCGUACCCAGGAACGACCGUCACACUGUCGAGUGUAGCCGAGAGGGUUCCGGCGAUGCCGUAUGUUUCUAGUAGUUUUUAUGGAAACCAGGAACAGUAUCUGACUACAGUCGCGUACAGUUCGUCACAGUUGCCAACUUCGAUUAAUACCGAUCCACUAUAUAUCGUUCCAAAGAAUCCUCUUGUCUCUUCUGCUGGCCAGUGGCAGUAUGACGGUGUCGUACCACGGAAUCCAAUCUUAAUACCAAACUCCAGAAUUUCAAAUAAUGUAAAUAUACACACUGAGUAUCCGAAUCCGCUUCCACCGACAAGUGUUCCGUAUCCCGGGCUGAGGCCGGAAAUCGUACCCUCGAUAGUACCACCAUCUUUAGGAUUCCACGGGAAUGGGAACAGUCUUUCGGCCAGUGUAGGGCCAAAUAGUGCGCAAUUAGCAGCUCGACAAGUAAUGCCACGCGAAUUGCCGAGGUUUAGCGGGGAUCCUCAGGAUUGGCCUAUGUUCCACAGUUCUUUCAAAAACACGACGGAGGUCUGCGGAUAUUCCGACGCUGAAAAUCUAGCCAGAUUACAGCGUAGUUUGGGAGGGGCAGCACUGGAAGCAGUUAGAAGUCGCUUACUUCUGCCAGCAUCUGUACCCUACGUGAUGGAAACGCUACAUAAGCUGUAUGGUAGACCAGAGAUUUUAAUAAGUUCUCUUCUGAAGAAGGUGAGAAAUGUUCCGCCGCCAAAGUCGGAUAACCUGAGCUCGAUCGUUGCCUACGGAUUGGCAAUUCAAAAUCUUGUCGAUCAUAUCAUUCUGUCUGAUCAGCAAGCACAUUUGUGGAAUCCAAUGUUGCUCCAGGAGUUGAUCGAUAAAUUACCCACCUCACUGAAGAUGCAAUGGGGUACAUUCAAGCAAGCGUUUGCGAACGUCAACUUGGCGACAUUCAACAGUUUCAUGUCGGGAUUAGUAAAUCUGGCUUCCGAGUUGAGUAUCGAUGUGAGUUCUGUCCAGAACUACCACCAGCCACAGAGAGCGGAGAAGUCAAAGCCGAAGGAGAAGCUUUUCACUCAUGCGAACGAACCACCAAGCGUAUCGAAGGAGUUUGCGAUAAAAGGACAUACGUCAAAAGCGUGCUCCUAUUGUGAGGAAGACAGUCAUCUGAUCCUAAACUGUCCUCGCUUUAAAUCAUUGGACAUCGGAGGCCGAUGGAAGGUGAUGCGGCAGAAAAACCUAUGUCGACUGUGUUUAAUCCCGCAUAGUAAAUGGCCGUGUCGUUCAAAAAGGGAAUGCGGGGUAAACGGGUGUCGCGUUCGACAUCAUAUGCUGCUGCAUAGUAAUCGUAGCGAUACUUCCGACGGUUCAAGGUCUGGAGAGAUUGUUCACCAAAAUCACCAUUCUACGAAAUCAUUUUCACUGUUCCGCUACCUGCCAGUAACACUGUACGGAGACGGGAAACAAGUAGAAACAUUCGUAUUCUUGGACGAUGGGUCGUCAUGUACACUACUCGAGGAAGGAAUCGCAGCACAGUUGGGCAUAGAAGGUGAACCUGAUAACCUGUGGUUGAGUUGGACCGGCAAGAUUAGCAGGCACGAGAAGACUUCAAAGCGAAUGAGCGUGAAAAUAUCCGGUAAUGGACAUAGGGAAACGUUUCAACUAGCCAACGUACGCACGGUGCGGGAAUUAGGCCUUCCAAGUCAAACGUUGGACUAUACAGAGCUGUCGAAUACGUACCCGCAUCUUCAAGGCCUUCCUUUGGCCAGUUACACCGAUGCAAAGCCCGGCAUGAUCAUCGGACUUGAACAUGUACGGUUGUUAACAAGUUUGAAGACCCGUGAAGGCAGCAGCAACGAACCAGUAGCAGCUAAGACUCGGCUUGGUUGGUGCGUGUACGGGAGAAAUAACAGAACUGAAGGUUCAAUUGAACAAGUGCACGUCCAUACUUGCGGAGAGAUAACGAAUAGCGACCUACACGAUUCAAUGCGAAAGUUCUUCGCAGUUGAAGAUGCCGCUUCCGUGCAACAGUUGGAAUCCGAGGAGGACAAGCGAGCACGCAGUAUUCUUGAGGCAACUACGGUACGAAAGGGAAGUCGAAUGGAGACGGGUUUGCUUUGGCGAAAAGAAAACGUGAACUUCCCGGAUAGCUACCAAAUGGCGAUCAGCCGUUUGAAAGGUUUGGAGAAACGACUGGCGAAAGAUCCCGAGCUGCGUAGGAAAGUCAACGAGCAAAUUGAGAGCUACGAACAGAAGCAGUACGUCUGCAAAGUAUCAUCGGCAGAGAUGGCGAACGCAAACCCUCGGCGAGUGUGGUACCUCCCGUUAGGGGUGGUGACGAAUCCCAAGAAACCAAACAAAAUCCGACUGGUGUGGGAUGCGGCCGCGAAGGCUUGUGGAGUUGCUUUCAACGACAUGCUUCUCAAGGGCCCGGAUCUACUCGUAUCGCUAGUGAACGUCUUGUUGCGAUUCAGGGAAGGCAAGAUAGCAGUAUGCUCCGAUAUCCGAGAGAUGUUCCUGAGAAUUCUUAUCCGGGAGGAAGACAAGUGGUCACAGUGCUUUGUAUGGCGUAGCUGUCCGUCGGAUGAGGUUCAGAUAUACACAAUCAACGUCGCUAUGUUCGGGGCAACCAGUUCCCCGUGCACGGCUCAGUUCGUGAAGAACAAAAAUGCUCUCGAAUACGCGCAAUCAUACCCCAGAGCGGUAAACGCAAUCAUCUACAACCAUUACGUGGAUGAUUUCCUUGACAGUGUCAACUCGGUAGAAGAAGCAGUACAGCUUGUCAAACAAGUGCAGUUUAUCCACGCAGCAGCGGGGUUCGAAUUCGGCAAAAUUAUGUCCAACUCGCAGGAGGUUCUUAAUCGUCUUGGGGAAACUAGUUCGCCGGACAGUAAGUCACUAGUAUUGGACAACGAUCACACGUAUGAGCGCGUCUUAGGUGUAGUGUGGGUUCCAUCAGCGGAUCACUUCACCUUCGACCGAUAUGGGGUCGUAGACGUUUUGGGCAAUGGCCAAACAGUUCCAACGAAGAGACAGGUGCUACGAAUCGUGAUGAAGCUGUACGACCCUUUGGGAUUUGUGGCGCAUUUCGUAGUACAGGGAAAAAUCUUAAUAUGGAUCGAGCUGUACGAGACGAUUGAUGAAGUGCAAGUACCGCGUUGCUUCUUUGGGAAUUCUACGACGCCAGAGGUGGACGAAAUCGAGAUUCACGUGUUCACGGAUGCUAGCGUAGCGGCAUGCGCGUGUGUAGUGUAUCUGAGGAUGGCACACAGCGGCGGUAGUUGGUGUUCGCUAGUAGCAGCAAAAACUAAAGUCGCACCGCUUCGUGCGCUCUCCAUCCCGCGCUUGGAGCUACAAGCCGCUAUGAUGGGAGCACGAUUGCUGCACAACGUUUGUUCGGCACUCACUCUCAACAUACAUAAACGCUACCUGUGGACGGACUCCAGUACAGUUCUGGCGUGGCUUCGCUCGGACAGUCGCCGAUAUCACCAGUUCGUCUCGUUCCGAGUCGGAGAAAUUCUUUCACUCACCAGCGUAGAUGAGUGGUACCACGUACCUUCGAAGCUAAACGUAGCGGAUGAUGCCACCAAGUGGAAUUCAGGACCAUCGUUUGAUCCGAAUAGUCGCUGGUUUCAAGGCGGGUUCCUACGAAAUGCGAAAGACCAGUGGCCAAAGCAAUCAAACAAGGUAGAUGAAGUAGAUGCGUCAAUCGAAGAAAUACAAAUGGUAGCUGUACAUCUGACGUCGGAGGAGAUCGUAGACAUCGAACGCUUUUCAAAUUGGAAUCGUUUAGUUCGAACGAUGGCCUACGUUCAUCGGGCGAUAAGAAGCUGGAAGCAGAUUGGGAAUAGUAAACACCGAAGACAAAAUCCAGAUCAAGAGGAUUUCGUAAAGGCAGAAGAAACCCUUUGGCGUCAGGCUCAAUCGCAGGCAUACAGUGAAGAGAUUCAUCAACUAAAAAUCGAUGGCAGCGUUGACAAACGGAGUUCACUGCGUUCGCUGCUCCCUUUUUCCGACGAGCACGGAGUCAUGCGGGUACGAGGUCGGAUUGGAAACGCGCCGCAUAUUCCGUACGCGGCAAAGUAUCCCGUAGUAUUGCCGAGGGAACAUCGCAUAACUUUUCUUCUGGUGAAUUACUACCACCAACGGUUCCUUCACGCCAACGGAGAAACUGUGUACAACGAACUACGCCAGAAGUUUUACAUUCCGAAGCUUCGAAUGCUAAUACGUAAAGUUGGCAGGAGUUGUCAGUACUGUAAGGUACAGAAAGCUGUUCCAGUGCCGCCGCAGAUGGCGCCACUUCCGAAGGAACGCCUAACCCCAUUCGUCCGGCCGUUCACGUACGUUGGCGUCGACUACAUGGGGCCCUUCGAAGUUAAAGUCGGCCGCAGUCUGGUGAAAAGAUGGAUCUGCUUGUUUACCUGUCUUACGGUACGGGCGGUUCAUCUGGAGCUAGCACACAGUCUUUCAACAUCGUCCUGCGUGAUGGCCUUUAGGAGAUUCGUGGCCCGACGGGGUGCGCCGCUGGAGGUUUUCUCCGAUAAUGGCACUAACUUUGUCGGAGCCAAUCGCCAGCUGUCGGAAGAAAAACAGAAACUUCAAGAGAUCGUCGUAGACUGCGCCAACACAUUUACCAACGCACACACUCAGUGGCACUUCAACGUUCCUGCAGCCCCGCACAUGGGGGGACCCUGGGAGCGCAUGGUCAAGUCAGUGAAAGUCGCAAUGAAAGCUGUUUCUGACAGUCCCCGUCAUCCUAGCGACGAAGUAUUAGAAACGAUCAUGCUGGAGGCCGAAGGAGGCACUCACACCAAACCACUUCCUGUUACAUGGCUCGAACGGAAUCAAGCAACCAGCAAGCGAACCUGCGAUCACAGGAAACGUUCUUCGGGACAGCUGGAAGCUGGCCCAGCACAUUGGAAACGAAUUCUGGCGAAGGUGGAUCCGGGAAUAUCUCCCAAUGUUGACACGGCGGGCGAAAUGGUUCGAUACAGUGAAGCCCCUGGAACCUGGCGAUCUUGUCGUCAUAGUCGACGAGCAUGCGAGGAACCGCUGGGAACGAGGACGCAUCCUGGAAACCUUCCCGGAUAA